CAACAGCAAUAAUGAUGACAUUAAUGGAAAGGACCUCAUCAACAGUAACACCUCUCAAAAACUCUUUCCAAUAAUCUCUACCACAAAUGAUUUAAAAGAUCAAGAAAAGGUUAAGAUCGCUGGCUCUGCCUCUUCAUUGUUUAAUGAUUCUUCAGAGCAAAGUCCGUUCGAUUCAUUAUUCGCAGCAGAUCAAAGCUUACCAAAUAAUACAAAUAAUAAUUCAAAUUCUAACCAGGUUUCUCAAAACAACGUUUCUGUUGAAACUUCUUUUGACGAACUAAGUAUUACAAAUGAACAUCCUUCCACAAAUCAUUACUACAAUCAAUUUGAUAACUCUCUACAAUACAACGCUUAUAAUGCGAAUGAUUUAUAUUACGAUGUUGUUAGACCGGCUAAUGAUGAAAACUACCCUACUUCAUCUCAAGCUAACGGAUCAAUUGAAAAUUCUGAGAAUCAAAUUAAUAGUACAAUAUUAUCAACAACACGAUUCUUCAUCUUACACCAAAAUCAUGACCCCAACAAUGUCUAUCAAAAUCAACCUCAUGAUCAAUCUCACUACAAUACAAAUGUUAAUGCAAAUGUUGAUGGAAAUAUUGGUACUAAUGUUGAUGCAAAUGUUAAUUCAAACUUUGAUUCUUAUAUUGAUACUAAUGCUGGUACUAAUGUUGAUGCAAAUUUUGGUGCUUAUAUUGAUACUAAUGUUGGUACUAACGUUGAUGCAAAUGUUGAUUCAAACUUUGGUGCUUAUAUUGAUACUAAUGUUGGUACUAAUGUUGAUGCAAAUAUUGGGACUUAUACUAGUACUGAUGUUGGUGCUAAUGUUGGCACUAAUGCCGACACAAACGUUGGCACCUAUAUUGAUGCAAAUUUUGGCACAAAUGUUGAUGCAAAUUUUGGAAAUACAACAAAAACUCAAUCACCUGCUCCACCACCAUCGAUUUCACCAAUUUCAUCAGUUUCAACAGUUUCUACGAAUUUGGUACCUUGUAUUCAUCCACAUUGUGAAGGUGAAAAUAAACCCACAGCAAAAUUCUGCUCAGAGUGUGGCCAACCUAUCAACAAAAUUAAUACUAAUCGUCUGUCAUAUCCAGUUACAGCCGCAAAAAAUGAUUCUGAAACAUCAAAUAUUAAUAACGAUCCUUAUUAUAACGGAAUAAAUGCCCAUGCAAGACAAUCAUUACCGUCCCUUCUUUAUAAUCAGCAUCAGGCAUCUUUUUCCACAUCCUCAUUCGCAUCUUACAGCAAUUAUCCCUCACCGCCAAUAAUUGACUAUUAUAAUAAAAAUGCAAAUUCUUUUGUAGACAAAAAUCAAUUAUUAUAUCAUCAACAAUAUAAUGCAGAUUCUUUUAAUUCCUUAAAUGAUCCUUUGGGAAGGUCUAAAGGUUGUCCUGUUGUAGCAUUUGGCUUUGGUGGUAAAGUUUUUACAAUGUUUCCACGUACUGUGCAACGAUUUACUGGUACAGAUCAGAAUAUUGCUAUAGCAAAAUUUGCUCCAAGUGAAUUCACCAUACGCACACUCAAACGUUUUAUUUUCACAUCCGAUAUCGAUGAAUUUCCUGGUCCAUUGCUCAUGGAUAAUAAUAAAGGUGGUGUUAAGGCAAAAAAAAAACAACUGAAUAAAUAUCUUGGUGAUAAAAUAAUUUCAUUACAAGAUUCAGUAAUGAAAUUCUCUGGUGAAGAAAUUGAAAAGAAAAAAUUAGAAUCAACUUUGGUUAUUUGGCAAUUAUUAAAAUCUUUAUUUGAAAAUGAUGGUGUUAUUAUUGGAAAUCCAAAGAUCGAUGAAACAAUUCGUAAAAUAUUGGUCCCAAAUAUAUUUGUAAGUGAAAAUGACGAAUCACAUUUUACUGUUCCUGCUAGUGGAAGUUUUGAUUCAUCUCAGGGUUUAUCACAAACACCAGCUACCACUUCAUUAUCAUAUACAACAUCUUCUAAAUCCAUUGACGAACUACAAAAUCUUCUACUUAAAGGUGAUCGUAUUGCUGCAAUAAGACUUGCUAUGGAUGAAAAUUUAUGGUCACAUGCUCUAAUAAUUGCAAGUUGUGUUAAUAAAGAUACGUGGAAAGAUGUUGUAAACGGCUUUAUUAGGCAUGAAAUGGGUGAUCAAAUGGGUGAUGCAUUUCAAUCAAAUGGAAGAGAAAGUUUAAGAGUAUUAUAUUCAUUAUUUGCUGGAAAUGGUCCUAAUGCAGUCAAAGAAUUUUUCCCACAAAGGACCCUUCUUAAUCAAGCUUGCUAUUCACCGGUUAAUCCAGUAUAUUCUCAAACUUCUAAUUCUAGUCAAUUCAAUCUUUCACUUAAUACUCCUUAUGUUGUUGCUCCUGUGACUCCAGCUUUCUCGCCUGCGCCUAUAAAUGAGAUGCAAUUAGAACGUUUGAUAAAAUGGAGAGAGACCUUAGCUAUGAUAAUAGCAAAUCGUUCACCUGGUGAUAGUCAAGCCAUUUCUGCUUUAGGUGAUUUGUUAAAAGAACAUGGUUGGGUUCAUGCGUCUCAUAUUUGUUAUAUUUUAUCACCAAAAUCAUCGAUUAAUUCUGGUAUUGACACACCUAAUACUCGUUUCACCCUGGUCGGAAAAGAUUAUUUGUGCAGCAACUCAAUUGAUUAUUUUCAUGAUUGGGAAGCUUUACGACUUACUGAAAUUUACGAAUUUGGAAUUUCGUUAACUGGCAAUGAAGGUGGUUUGCCUUUUUUACAGGCCUAUAAGCUUAUAUAUGCUUGGUGGUUAGUUGAUUGUGGCCAUUUGAAUGAAGCAAGAAGAUAUUGUGAAUCAAUUGCAAAUAUAGUGAAAGUUUACACUAAAGGAUCGCCAUAUUUUCAUGGUUGUUUCUUACAAAAAUUAAAAGAUUUGACCCAACGUUUAUUAGAACAUGGUGGAAGCAAUUCAGGCACCAACGAGUCCUCGUCAUGGACUUUUGCCAAAAAAAUGCCUAAAGCUAGUCUUGAUUCUUUGUGGGAAUCAUUGGAAGGAAAGUUUAAUAAAUUUGUUGCAGGCGACUCUGUUGACAAAAGUGACAAAAAAACACCCUCCACAAAUUUUGAACCAGUUGGACCAUUUUCUCAUUAUAGUGCAAUCACCCAACCAAUUCCAUCUCGUAGUACCUCAGCUGAUUCAUAUGGUGGCUUAAGUAAUAAUGCAUUUGGUUCAAAAAAGAAACAAAAAGAAAUUCCAGAAACUUCAACAGAAGAUAAACAAGAUGAAAAUGUCGUAGAAAACGUUAAAGCUGAUGAAAAACAAAAUGAAAGUCAAGAUAACAAAAAAGAGGAAAGUAAACUUAGUUGGUUUGGAAAAUUUUUCACAAAAAAAGAAAAUGGGAAAGUUGCAAAUUUAGGAGAAGAAAUUUCAUUUUAUUAUGAUCCUGUUCAAAAAAGAUGGGUUAACAAAAAGAUGUUAUAUAUCAUAGCAAAAACAACAUCACCAACCCCCUCAGCAUCAAUGGCUGUUUCUAAUAACAACAGCAACAACAACAAAAAUUCUACAUCAUCUGAUAGCUUAAUAGGACCGCCACCAGGUAUUAAUCCUAAAAAUAUAUCAACAACAACAACACCGCCACCGUUAAGUAUAGGAAGCCGUAGAAGUGCAUCUAGCACAAGUAAUCGCCGUCCUGUUCGAGCUAGAUAUGUGGAUAUUAUGAAUCAAAUACCACCUUCAAAUUAA